AUGACGCUAACCAUUCUCUCGCAGUCUGCCCAAAACUCGCAGGGUAUCCAAACCCUCCUCGACGCCGAGCGCGAAGCCUCCAAAAUCGUCCAAAAAGCACGUGAGUACCGCACCAAGCGUGUGCGCGAAGCCCGCGACGAGGCCAAGAAAGAAAUCGACACCUACCGCUCCGAAAAGGAGUCCGAGUUCAAGAAGUUCGAGUCGGAACACACGGCAGGCAACAAGGCGGCCGAGGACGAGGCCAACGGCGAGGCCGACGCCAAGAUUGUCGAGAUCAAAUCGGCCGGCAAGAAGAGUCAAGAUAAAGUCGUCUCGGAACUGCUCAAGGCCGUGUGGGAGGUGCACGCUGUGGCGCCGUCUGCGGCGUAG